GUGGGUGGUAGCCUACUGUAACGGAGAACAAGAAAGAUGAAGACACAAUGCAACAACAACACAAGAAUGAAUACGAAAAGCUUUUUUAUCAUAUACCUUGCUUACAGUUUCCCUAAGGAAGUUAAAAGUUAAUUCUGGGCAUUAAAAACAACGGCAACUUACAGAACGGCUCGCGAGGAAUGAUUUAAUUCAAGGACUCUUUGCAUUUCCGUAAACAGAAAUCAAAUAUUCACUUGUUUCUCAACGGAUCACCAAGUUCUCCAAGAACAUAGGCUAAAGCACGCCACGCGAAAUCACUGCAUGUGCCACGAGGACAUCGCGUCUAUUCCAAGUGAAGUCAGCUUUUUUGCGUGAAACGUUUUUUUUUUAUGGAAACUUCUUGUGGAGGACACGUUGGGGUAUUUUAAUUCAACAUCUGUUCAAUCAGAAAAUUAAGAAUCAAAUAGGAUGCUGUGAAACAACAGGCAGUGAGCGGUUCAUGAUGACCAACGUUCAAAUGGGUCCGGUUUUCAAGGGUCACGCACCGCAGAAGGAGCGUCUCCCGCCCGAAGGCGAUUCCCAUGCAGCACCUUGGACAGGGUUCGCGGGCUCCCUUCCGACUCCCCCCACUAACUCUCUUCUACGGUCAAAAUGGUCCAAAGAAUCUUUAAACGGUUACUCCCCUGAAUACAACUCCAUCAAGUCCACUGGGACGAAAAGAGAGACGUUAUUCAACACAGGACAUUUGUGCAAAAAGUGCAUCUCUCAUUUCAACGUCUUCAAAAGGGAAGCAUUAAAACAAGUAAUUGACAGAAAUCUUUCUACUAAAGAUCCCAAAGUUUUCAUUAAUCUUUAUGAGAGCAUGAAACCACCUGCUAGUACUGUAGAAGUCUGGGGCAAUGUGGACGGACGCUGUGGCUUCUGCUUUACUCACUUUAGCCAGCUAAAGCAGGAGGCUAUCCGCACGAUCCUCGCCCAGGAGCGGGCCAUAUGGGCUCCACCUACCACUGCCAACAUCCCAUCCACAAGCCUGAACUUAGGCUCACAAACGCUCCCCAGAACCUCAAGCCACCGAUCUGUUGUCUCAGACCCCCAUCAGAGGCCCAGCAAUGCACCACCGGAUUGCUGGAUUAAAGGACAUCAACAUUUGAAGGCCCUGCGUCCCCUGUCUCCAUGCAAAGGAAACAAUUCAAUGUCUCAAAAGUCGUCCCAGAGUCCUUUGCAUGCAGGGAAGGUGAAUGAGAAGGAAAAUGUGACCUCUACAGCGCUAUGCAACUACGGCGCCACACAGCCAAUGCGUUCUUCCAGUAUGUCCUCUCUGCUACCUGCACGAACAUCUGCUGCCUUGUCUUUCUUUGUCAGGGCAGCACAGAAGUUGAAUGUAAUGGUUAGAAGAGGAAGGCACUUCUCAGAGAGCAGUGCUUCCCAACGGAUGACAAACUUCAGUAGUCUUCUGCAGAAAUCUCCUCCUCCAACACCAGCAAACAUUUUUCAAGCUGCUAGUAAGAGCAAAGAAACACCUGGGAUGGGGAAGGUCAAAGUGAUGCUGCGAGUGUGUUCGGUUCCUAUGUCUGACCCGUCUCAGUCCUACUCUUUCAAACUGGACCCGCAAAAGAAACAGAUCACAGUGCUGAAUGUACCCACCUUCAACCCUCAGAGACUGACUGCUGGAACUACAGUCUCCUCAAGGACUUUCACCUUUGAUGCUGCCUGUGGCCCUGAUUCAACCCAGGCAGACGUUUGUGAGAACAGCUUGUGUGAAGUGCUCCAGUCUGUGCUUGCAGGAGCUGAUGGUUGCAUCCUAAGCUUUGGACAAACCAGUGUGGGUAAGUGA